ACUGGUCUGCUGCAUGGCCCAUGAAAGGCCACUAUAGAUAGGGCGGAAAGGGAUGUGUUCUUUUAAUUCUAAUUAGAUCUAUAAAAAAAACUAUAUAGAUCUAGGUCUAGCUGAUGAACGUACCCGGCUACAACUACAGCUACAAAGCACUCUGUUUGAAUGGCAAAACUAAUUGUCUUCUCCACUUUUAUCCUUGCUCUAUCUACGAGAUGUGGUGGAGCUGCAGGCCAAAGACUGAACAGUUCACUGGCACAGUACAACUGCACUCCUGUGGGCAAUACCCACCCUUGUUAUUCAUUACCAGGCCGAAACAGUUUUUACCAAUACCCUCAAAAACUCCCGGCUACUCUCACGAGCAACAACAUGUCACUGGAUGUCGGGCAUAUAAACCUCCUCCUCACACUUAUAAACAACAUGAACCCCCCAAGUCAUCCCGACUGUGUAACGAUGGUAACCCAUACCCUGUGCUUGGUUUUGAAUCCUCCCUGUAAUAAAGACACAGGUCUGCUAAUACCUAUCUGUGAUACAAGUUGUUUCGCCUUUUGUCGUAUUUGGGAAGAGGGGGGGUGUAGAAAUUUGCAAGAAUUUGGUGAUGGUCUACUAAAUUCCAGCUUCAUUGAUACUGGUACAGUGAGUGUGCUCAUUAAAAUACUGCUCGAUUUUGAGUGUGCAAUCCCAACCAGCUACUAUUUUUAUGAUGACUUGAACUCGCUCAUUGAUUCCAGUCAGUGCACUGAUCUGUUCAGUUCCUCAAAGAAGGAAAGUCGUAUAAAUGCACCAUACAACUGUGUGGAAGCCCCAUUACUGGGUACAGAAUGUGAAAAUACACCACUGGCUCAAUACAAUCAUUACAUACCCUUGGAAGGUAGAGACACAGGCUCCCUUCUACACCUGUUGAAUAGUUUGAAACUAGAGAACGUGACGACAUACUGUACUGAAGUUUUCACAUUUGUGAGCUGUUUCUACAUCUUUCCACCAUGUGAUCCUACCAAAGGGUAUCGGAUUGAAAUUUGCUCGGAUUUGUGUAACAACAUCACCUCUUUGAUUAAGGAAUGUGGUCAGCCAUACACUGAAAGUAAUGCACUCGCAGUAGUUCUCGAUGUGUUCAACUGUUCUGAGUUUCAGUUUGUUACCUGUGGUUUCCCGGAAACAAUGUCUACUGGCCAAUGUAUUGACACACUAUCCUACUCAGCACCCAUUGAUGCCGCAACCAUAGCAGGUGGUACUGUUGCAGGUGUUCUGCUCAUGCUGGUGGCCACUUUCAGUCUAGUCAUUGUUUUCAAGACUAUAAGAAAAAGAAAAGCAAAUUCUAGCCAGCUUGGAUACAAGGGCACAGUAACGCUGAGACGUGGUGAUAGAAAAGACUCCUCUGCUAACAAAAUAGACGAUCCGUACCACUUAAAUGAGCUCACUAAUGUGGCCGAAGGUUUUACCUUGUCGAAAGAAGAUCAUCAUUUCUAUAAACAGGUGUUUUCCGCCACACUUGUCUCCUAUUCUUUAUUAACUGUGGAAAAAGAAAUCGGUCAAGGUGCAUUUGGUAAAGUCUAUCUUGGAAGAUUGAAACUGGUGAAUAAUGCUGACGUCAAAACAAGGCCCAUUGCUAUUAAGACAAUCAAAAAUUUGACCUCUGAAAAUGAGGUAAAGGCUUUCUUUGAAGAGAGCUUGGUCAUGAAAGACUUUAAGCAUUCAAACAUUCUCGGUCUCACUGGAGUGUGUUUUGACACGCCUGAUGGAAUGCCCUACAUUCUGCUUCCUUACAUGGCAAAUGGAAGCUUGAAGGAUUACCUAAAGGGGAAACGAACCCAUGUGACAAAUGUGGACAUCUUGCCAGAGGACUUAAGUUUGUCCACCCUGGUGCGGAUGUGUAUGGAUGUAGCCAGUGGUAUGGAGUAUCUUGCAAUGGAAAAGUUUGUGCACAGAGACUUAGCAGCAAGGAACUGCAUGGUGGACACUCAACUGGCUGUAAAGCUUGGAGACUUUGGGCUGGCCAGGGAUAUCUACAGCAGUAACUACUACAGAGCAAAAAAGGAUGCCAAGAUCCCAGUCAAGUGGAUGGCUCCAGAGACACUAAUUGAUGCCAUUAGCAACGAGAAAACUGAUGUGUGGUCAUAUGGAGUGACUUGUUGGGAGGUGUUUUCUUUGGGACGAGCCCCUUAUCCUGGAAUAGAGAAUCAGGACAUCAUUAAAUAUAUUACCAAUGAUGGUCGAAGAUUAGAGAAGCCAUCCCUCUGUCCUGUUAAGCUGUACAGUUUGGUGAUGGGUGGGUGUUGGGAGCUACUGCCCGAGAGAAGGCCUACUUUCAGCCAGCUGGUGGUGCAACUGCAAGAAUACUGGGAAGAGGAGCAUGCAUACGUGGUAGAUUGACUGUGAGAAAAUUUAAUUCUUCGAUUCGGUCCCUGCAUUCAUUUGACUGACAUCAGCUUUAACAGUUAAUUUCAUAAUUGCAUUUUAAAACAGUUUUUUUGCACUAUGAUGUAUAUAUAUUUUUUCUUUGCUAUGAUAAAUACAGUAUAGAUACAAAUGUUUAAAGGAAGAAGGAUUGGUACC